CAAGAAUUGGCUAUGCUUCCAAGUUCCUUUGGAAAAUCCAGUUUACUCCCCCUAUAGUAUCACUGCCUACUUCAUUUAAUCACGAAAUUAAGACUUAAAUGAUGUCGGCUCAAAUGGAAGAAUACAAGAAAUGCGACGCCAUGCGAAUAGAGUUACAAGAUGGAAAUCACAUUCAUGGUUUUUAUAUCACCAAGUUUCAGCCUUCUCUUGAUGAAACGCAAAAAGAAGAGGUGGAAAAGCAAAAAUGUCAGUUGCUGACUCUUGCUCGAUCCAGUAUCAACAAAGAUAUAGAGCAGUUAAAGGCAGAUGAACAUCAAAUAAACCGGAAAUUAAUGUGGUUUACAAAUCAUGAUCAGUAUAUACAACGCAAGACACAGGAAAUAAGUAAUCUUGAGGGUUAUCUGUGUAAAGUCAAGCCUCAUUUAUCUACAAAUUCAAUACCAAGAACAACUGGUUUUUUACAUUUGUCUGAAAAAGAUGCUCAAACGCCUCUAAGACCAGAUCGAAAACGUUGCCAAAAAAGGCUGAUCAAGAAAGGGAGGAUGGACACGGAUUAUUUGCAUCAAGUAAAGGAAGAACUUCUGUGUCUAAAGAACUCAGGUGGAUUGACAUCAUCUUCUACACAAGUUAAAGAUCUGAGUGAGAGCAUGGCGCAAAGGAUCCAACAUGGGAACAAGAAUCGGUUAGAGGAAAUGAGAAUUUAUCUUGAAAUGAGAAACCUCAAUGAAACACGGGAAAUUUACACUGCACCAGAGCCUGAUCACCUUCCUAGUUUUUGGUACUCAAUCGAAAGACUAUCGAAGUACGAUGUAGAUUUAAAGCGAGCUCUACAACAUAAGAUAAAGAUUCGAUUAGAUGACAUUGAGGACAUGAAAAUGGAUCUAAAGGGACGUAAAGCUAUAGUUAAACGACUUAAAGCCGAUUUGGAACUUGUAAGAAAGAGAAUUAGUUGUUUACAGAAGGAGCUUGAAGAUGUUUACACAAAGAAAAGUAAAGCCUAUCAACGUUGUUAUUAGCUUGGAGAGCAAAAGAAAAGACUGGUACAGUAGUAUAUGCUUUUCAUUAUCAAAAACAAAAUACAUAAUAUCACUAAACUUGAAGGCGAUAGCUAAGUUAUUUACUGCAUUCAGAAAUGAUCUAAGAACUUGCAUAUCUUAGGUGUUGUUUAAUCUCUAUUAUAUGCAACUAUAUGUGCCCUUUUGGGCUCAUAUCCCGG